UGGCCUCUCAACCACACGCUCUCACCAGCAGUGGCCGGCCGCCCCUCUCACUCACGCGGCCACCGUCGUGUUUUUACGCUUUCACUACAUCCACGCCAGACCUGAAUGGUACACACGCACAUGCACACACACGCGGUGCAACAAAAACAAUACCACUGCCGCCGCCUCCGGAUAUUUUGGCGAGUUUGAGUGUGCGACGAAAACUGCCGUCACUUGCUCUCCGCGCGGUGUGCUGGUGGUGGGGAGGUGGUGGUGGUGGAGGAGGAGGAGGCGGUGCUCGUGGAUAGUGUUUUAUCUGUGUCUUAUCUGAAGAUAUUAUCGGCCAUGAUUGGUGAGCACGCGACUUUAAGAGUGCCGACAACGAGGAGGUGCUCGCAGCGCUGGCUUCCCUAUGUAUAUGGUGAGGCAAGUUACGUAACCUUCCAAAACACAGGGAACUGUAUUGGUGGAUCCAGCGGUGACUAAGACUCUUAAGGGAAAGAAAAGAGAGUAAAAAAAAAGUUAGAUCUAAGCAUGGUGAAAGAAAGACGAAGAGUGUAUUUUCAAACCGCGUGAACCUCGAGAAGUGGGAAAAAUAAGAUUGAGUGUUGACUUUUCACUGACUUUCCUCGGCAGGAGCGACACCAAGAGUGCCUUUGAUACGGUGGGAUUGUGAAGUGGGUCAGAGGCGGAGCGGGCGGGCGGGCAGGCGGACAAGCUCUCCGCCACCAUCCUGAUCCCGCCUUACUCUCGCCUCCCGCUGUGCUCUUCGCGUUAAAGAGGCGAGUAAAAAGAGUAACCCAGGAUUUCGGUGCUGGUCGCAGAGUAAAGAGGAGAAAGGAGAGGAGGAGGAGGAGGAGGAGAAAGAAGGGCCCCCUCACCCCAACACACACUGCAGCAACAGGUGGCAUUCCUUGCUCAGGAAGUUUAUCUAGCCCUGGACGCCCCCUUCGGUGCCAGCAGGAGAGGACCAGAGCCAUCCGUCACCUGGGGCUCGUAAACGUCGACGUCUCUCUUAUAAGACUUCCACCAUGAGAUCCUUAUUCGAUAGAUGUAGUGUCCGUGUUGGAAUGAGCUCGGUGCCCGGGGUGAGCCACGCCCACGCCGAGGCCGCCCACUCCGCCCACGCCCCCUCCCGCCCAUUCCCGCCCUAUAAUUGUUUGGUGGACAUGGAGCUGGGAGAAGGACUAACGGGCCGCCUGCUCGACACCCACAACCUACUCUUCGGGGACGGUUUUUCCGACAGCCUGUCCUCCCGUGUGGGUGUUGACGGCAAUAGCGCCUACCGCCCCUGGGAAGCCGACCACCCAGGGGACCAUCGCGCGGGGGACCAUAGGCUCCACCCGUUAGCAGCCUCCUCCGCCCCCAUCCAGGUGCUCACCCACACUCCUCCAGUGGCCGCAGCAUCCACGGCCCACAUCCCGCACUACCCACACGCCAUCCCCACCUUCGGUGACUCCUAUCCCCCGAGCCAUCCACACCCUCAUGUCGCUCCACAACAUCCUGUGCCACAUAAGCUGCCGCCCUUCGACGCCUUCAGCCCGGAGCGAAGCGUGGGCAGCACCACGCCUUCACCUCUUCCGGCGUUCAACACGCUGCCCUCGCCUCACGCCCGCUACCCGCUGGUGCCGGCACCCGUGCAGGCUCGCGAGAUUCCUACCAUUCAGCAGCAGAUGAUGGACGAACGACACAUUCGUAUGUUCGAGUCUCCACAAGGCAGUGACCCUGUGCCCUCUUCCACCACGCCGGCACAGGUGUCGCCCAACACUCAGCCGCCCACUGGUUCCAGCGGCAGCACCUGCAGCAGUGGCAGCAGUAGUAGUAACACCAGCAACAACAAUAGUGUAGCUCAACAGCAACAGCAGCCACAGUCCUUCGAGAGCAGCUCGUCGCAGCUGCGAGUAGAGGGACCUGUGCGCUCUAACGUGAAGCGUGCGGGUCGCGCGGGAUCCCUGGAAAGUUCUGAGAGUGACGCUUCCGUCUCUGGCACUGAGAACAGCGGCCAAGUGUCCAGCGUGUCCUCCACUGCCGUGAAUAACUCGGACAACAACAACACACCCGCUGGCCUGGGUGCUGUCCCCUCUGUGCCCUGCUCAGAAGGGGGUUUUCGGCCCCCACCUCCUCAGCAACCGCCCCCGCCUGGGGAUGAUCCCCCUGAAAAACCUGUCAAGAAAAAGCGAAAACGUUGCGGCGACUGUGUCGGGUGCCAGCGGAAGGACAACUGCGGUGACUGUGCUCCAUGCAGGAACGACAAGUCGCACCAGAUCUGCAAGAUGCGUCGCUGCGACAAACUGACUGAGAAGAGAACGCCACGUGGUGAGAAAAUGGAGCGUCGACAGUCUGGUAUGGGCGCAAUGAUGCCCUUCUUCCCAGGACCAGGGAUGGGCGAGCAGCCUCCCCUGCCGCCCCCGGAGAUUCCUCCUUUCCCUCACAUGCGGGAACGUUUUCCGAACGCCGUCUGGGGAGGCGAGGCGCCUCCACAAGGACAGUGGCCUCCGCCCUUCCACCCACCUGGCUUGGC